AUGCGUGUAUUUGCUUUUUCGUGUAUCAGGAAUGUUGCAGAAGUAGCUCGAGAAGCUUGGAUAGAAACUCUUGAUCCUAGUGGAGAAAAUCUUCACGUGGGCCUCAUUCAUUUACAUCCCAAAGUGUUUGCUACCUACCCAAGGCUAGAUAUCAUCCAUGAAAAUGUAGUCUGGCAGCAGAAGUAUCGCAUGGUGAAUACUUCACAUACCAAACUGCGGUCAGAGGUUCGAGGAGGGGGUAGGAAACCAUGGCCACAAAAGGGAACAGGACGAGCAAGACAUGGUUCCAUUCGUUCGCCAUUGUGGAAAGGUGGGGGUGUGGUACAUGGCCCAAGAGCAUUCACCACGCAGUUCUACAUGUUGUCAUUUGGAAAAAGAAUAAUGGGCCUUACCUCCACUUUAUCAGCUAAAUUUGCACAGGAUGAUCUCAAGAUUGUAGAGAACCUUGAUAUGCCUUCCGAUGAAGCUGGAUUUUUGGAAAAGCUCUGUGAAGAUCGCUGCUGGGGACCAUCUGUUUUAUUUGUGGAUGAUUGUGAUUUGAUGCCACGUAAUAUAACUGUUGCUACCGAUACCAUAAAUCAUAUAAACCUCAUGCCAGUAUAUGGACUGAAUGUGUACAGCAUGUUAAAGCAUAAUACAGUAGUUCUUACUGUGUCUGCCAGUCAAUGUAUUGAGGAGAGGAUAUUGCAUCACCUCAAUAAGCCAGAUUAUCAUUUAAUUAACUGUGCAAAAUGCUACAAUAAAUAAUACUAAUGCAGUUUUCUGUCAUGAUAAUAGUAAACAAAUAAUAUAUCAAUUGUAUUACACUCUGUCUUGAUAAAUUAAAAUGUUCAAAUUGCUGUUGUGUUUAGUCAGAAACAUUAAACAGGCAGUUCUUGUUUUCAAAAAUUUGUAUAGUAUUAUGAAAUUUUGCUCACAUGGACAUUUUUAAUGAAGUAUGUACCUUCCACUUGGUACAUACUCAUCUGUAAUCUCUUUAAAACAAAAAUGAACACGUGUAAAAAAUGAGUGCAAAUAAGUCAACACAUUACCUAAUCAGAUCACCUUAUGCUCUGUUCUGGUGUGCAUCUUGUGAAAGCUUUUAUUGUUUUCUAACAAUUUGGAGUUUAUAACUUGCUAGUUAUGUCUGAUGAGAAUAAAAGUUUUACAAAUAGUGAUGGUGCUAUUAUAAAAUUCAUUAGGGAGCCUGUGACAUUAGAAAUGAAGGCUGAAAUAAAAAUUUAAUAGGAUCUCCAAUGUCCAUAACAUAAUGUUAUAUUUCUGAUGCUCAUGUAUAGUACUAUAUUUUAGACAAAAAAUAAAAGUAGUGAUCUUUUUUAGAGAGAGAGAUUAGGUUCUACAGGAUGUAAACCCCCAAUUAUUGCAUAAACUUUUGUUUAAUAGCAACUCACAAUGUAAAAUUUUCCAUUAACUCUCUAAGAACAUGGACUUAUUGUAGUGUACUUGGAUGAGGAAAUUAGCGGUACAUUUGUUUCACUUUAUGUAAAUAAAUACUCUGUAUGUAGUACCAGUAGUUAUUUUGAAUUAAAUCAGUCUACAGUA